AUGGACGCCGCAGCAGACAAUGGUCUUCUCAGAGUAGUGAAGGAUGCUCAAACAAUUCGGUUCCUGCAAGUUGCGCUGACCGUUUUGUUGAUGUACAACCAUGAAAAAACGGAUCUCGAGCGUCUCAGUCAUCUACCUAAUGAGCUUAGACCCACCAUAGGUAUUCCUCAGCUUGCGGUAAAAUGGUUACCCCCACUAGUACUCGUCACGAACACAAUUUCCAUAGACAAGGCAAGUGUUAUUCAGAUCAUGACACUUUACAACUUGACCAAUCAAAACGCACAGUGUUACCCUGCCCUCAGCCUGUGGGCCAACUGUUUGGUUUUAGCGGCCAACCAAAUCGUUUUGCAACUGCGGCUGUAUGCCCUCUAUAGUGGCUCGAGGAGGGUUUUAUUUCUGACGGUCCCAGGCUUUGUUGCGGAAACGAUCAUUAUGAUUGCAUGCAUCACACUCGUCACUGUGUUCGUAGAAAACGUUCGACUGGACCUUAGCGUCAAAAUUAGCACGUCCUCCAACAUAGCCCUCAAAAUUUACAUCCAUCAUGCUGCCAUGAUAGUGUAUGAAUGUCUAUUAUCUUCGGCUGCUUUCUCUGCUGCCCUCCGGAGAUAUCAAGAGGAGCUUGACCCUCUCUUAUCCAAUUGGAAUCAAUUAACACGCCUAACGGACAUUCUCAUCGAAGGGAAUGUGAUUUCUUUUCUCACUUCCAUGCUUUAUUCUGUGAUUGGUGUUGUGAUGUUAUUCACCCUCAAUGUAGAGUGGGUUCUUGGGACACUCAACACCGGGUUUUUCUUGGGAGUUACAAUUGGCUGUCACCUUAUCUUGCAAAUCCGAAGAGCAGCAUCUCUCACUUCGCUUGACUAUGACAUUGGCAAAGAAAAAACAACUCCUUCGUGGCCCUCCAUAAUCUUUCCGUACUCAUUUCGCUUUGAGGAACUCAAUGCUCCAGUAUAUGAGCUCAUGUCCUGUCGCAUCGCUCCAUUGAAAGUGCAGACAAUGACUAGAAUUUGGCCAGGUCCUGAGUUGGGUGACCUGGGAGUUCACAUUUCACAUAAUGCAUCAAGAUAUGCCCCCAAUGAUGCAUUAUUAGAUUGA